CUUCGGUAAAUGAUACUCAUGCUUGCGUCUACUCAGAAAACUGCAACAUUUCUUCAUCAUUGACUUUGAAGAGAGUUUUUAUUUGAUCAAAAUGCAAAGGAUUCAAAAGAUUGUACUCUACUAUGUGUCACUCACGAUCUUGUAUCGCUUAACGUACUUAUUUGAUUUAGAUGAACCAUGGUCAACUUUACGUCCUUAUACACCUUAUCUAUUUAUUCUGGCAUUUGGCGCUCAUUUGGGUGUUACAUUGUUGUAUAAUGUUGCUACAACUCAUGAUAAACCUCAAGCUUAUGUGGAUUUAGUCAACGACAUUAAGGAAGCUCAAGAUGCUUUAAAAGCCAAGGGUCUCGUUAUUGAAGAAUAAACAUCCUUCCCUAGAUUGACUUUUUUGAACAACCAUCCACUGCGUACGCUUCCCUCUAUUAAGAAGUUUCUAGGAAUCGGGAGAAAAAAAACGUAUUCUAUUGCAGUGGUUUUCGAAAUCGGUAAUUAGUCUCAUCCAUCUUUCUUCAAUCUUACGAUUCUGGUCAGCUUAAUUGCAUCCAUUCAUAAUGUAGUGAAAUUGUUUCCAUUAUUCUCCUAUAAACAGCCAUAUCAACAUAAAGUUGCAGUCUAUGCAAUUAAUACACAUCUAUAUAUUCACAUAUAUUCCCUUAACCACUUGUGUAAAAAAAAAAAAAAGAAACCAUUUUCAACAGAAGAAGAAGAAAUCU